AUGGCGCGCCCCGCGCUAAUAAUGUAUAUCCUCAUAAUCACGACCGCCUCCUUCGUUCAGCCGAGAUUUGUCGUGGAGAAAAGCAGCCUCCGCAUUUUGUCCCCGUCCCGUCUCAAGUCAACCCACGACGCCUCCAUAGGAAACUUCGGUGUACCCGACUACGGAGGAUUCCUCGUCGGGACCCUCAAAUACCCCAACAAAACCCCCUUCGCUUGCUCCCCCUUCGACGGGGACAAGCCUUUCAAGUCAAACUUCCCUCGCCCGACAAUUCUAUUAGUCGAUCGUGGCGACUGCUAUUUCGUGCUCAAGGCUUACCACGCCCAGCUGGCGGGCGCUUCGGCAGUCCUCGUGGCCGAUACAAUCUACGAGCCUCUGCUGACCAUGGACUCGCCCGAGGAGAGCUCCGACUCCGACGGCUAUGUCGACAAGAUCAACAUCCCGUCAGCGCUGAUCGAGCGCUCGGUUGCUGACUCACUCAAGGAAGCUCUCUCCAACGGGGAAGAAGUAGUGAUCAAGCUCGACUGGACCGAGUCGAUGCCCCACCCGGACCAGCGAGUCGAGUACGAGUUCUGGACUAAUAGUAACGACGAGUGUGGGGUACGAUGUGACGAUCAGACGAGCUUCGUCAGUAGCUUUAAGGGGAAUGCUCAGCUGCUCGAGCGGGGCGGGUACACCAAGUUUACGCCGCACUACAUCACGUGGUAUUGUCCCCAGGCUUUUGUGCUGAGUGAUCAGUGCAAGUCUCAGUGUAUUAACCAUGGGAGGUACUGUGCGCCCGAUCCGGAGGAUGAUUUUGGGGUCGGGUAUUUGGGGAAGGAUGUCGUGCUCGAGAAUUUAAGGCAGUUAUGUGUUCAUAGGGUGGCGAACGAGACGGGACGGCCAUGGGUUUGGUGGGAUUACGUAUCGGAUUUUCACAUCAGGUGCUCAAUGAAACAGAAUAAGUACAGUAAGGAUUGUGCUCUGGGGGUCAUCAAGUCACUCAACCUCCCGAAUGAUAAGAUAAACAAAUGCAUGGGUGACCCAGAAGCUGAUGUAGAUAAUCCACUCCUCAAAACUGAACAAGAUCUUCAGGUUGGUGAUGGAUCGCGUGGCGACAUUACAAUCUUACCAACUAUGGUGAUAAAUGGUGUUCAAUACAGAGGGAAGUUGGAGAGGGGAGCAGUAUUAAAGGCCAUAUGCGCUGGGUUCAAGGAGACAACAGAACCUCCUGUUUGUUUGAGCGGAGAUAUGGAGACAAAUGAGUGCCUCGACAACAAUGGUGGCUGCUGGCAAGAUGCAAAAUCUAAUGUGACAGCCUGCAAGGACACGUUCAGGGGAAGAGUCUGCGAAUGUCCCACAGCAAAUGGAAUUCACUAUGAAGGAGAUGGAUAUACCUCUUGCCAAGCUGUUGGACCAGGAAGAUGUGCGGUCAACAAUGGAGGUUGUUGGUCCGAAACCAGAAAAGGAAACAAGUUCUCUGCUUGCAUAGAUUCGGAUAUAUCAGGGUGUCGGUGCCCCCCAGGUUUCCGCGGCGACGGCCAUAAAUGUGAAGAUGUGGAUGAAUGCAAAGAAAGAGUGGCCUGUCAAUGUGAAGGCUGUAGCUGCAACAACAAAUGGGGUGGAUAUGACUGCAAAUGCAGCGGAGGCAAACUGUACAUAAAAGAGCACGACACGUGCAUCGAAAGGAGCAGUUCGAAAUUAUGGCGAUACCUUUCGUUGGUGGUGUUGGCCGUGGCAUUGGGUGUCGGAUUGGCUGGUUACAUAUUCUACAAAUAUAGACUAAGGUCAUACAUGGACUCAGAGAUCAUGGCCAUAAUGGCACAAUAUAUGCCAUUGGAUAACCAACAGAAUCUGGUCGUUCAUCAUCGGGAUGAAGCCGAGCCCCUAAGACAAUCUCUCUCCUCAGUCUGA